GCGAUGCUGCAGGAGGAGGAUGAGGAGGAUGAAGAGGAGGCUGCAUCCAGCUGCUCUCUGGCCGCCUCGUCUGCUUCUCUCCGCGGGCAAAGGACAACACUAGCAACGCGUGUGGUUGCGGAGGGGAGGGCUGCUUGUCGGCGAUGGAGCCAGCGGCCGCCUACGGAGCCGCCAAAGCCGGGAACAUCGCCUUCGACCCGGUCGCUUUCUUCACGCAUCCUCGGACCAUCUUGAGGCUGCUGUCGUGGGUGUUCUCCAUCGUGGUGUUCAGCUGCAUCGUCAACGAGGGCUACAUCAACAUCGGCAGCGAGCGCUUGCUGUGCGUCUUCAACAACAACGCCGACGCCUGCAACUACGGCGUCACCGUGGGCGUGGCCUGUUUCCUGGGCAGCAUCUUCUUCCUCGUCCUGGAUGCUUACUUCCCCUCCUUCAGCAGCCUGAGGGACCGACGACGCGCCGUUCUGCUUGACCUCGUCUUCUCGGGCCUCGCCAGCUUCCUGUGGUUCGUCGGCUUCUGCUUCCUGGCCAAUCAGUGGCAGGCGACGUCUCCAGAUGAGCUGCCGCUGUCGCAAGGCUCCGACGCCGCCCGCGCAACCAUCGCUUUCUGCUUCUUCUCCAUCCUCACGUGGGCCGUUCUGACUCUGAGUGCGCUCCGUCGCUUUCUGUCGGGCUCCCACGCCAACCUGUUCACAUGGCAGCACCUGGACCCUGCCCCCGGCCACGCCCGCGCCACCCCCUACCCCAUCGCCAACGGUGCCACCAUCGUGACCACCAAGCCCUACCAGGCCCCGCCCUUCACUGAAACCCUGGACCCCCAGAAGCUGACACAACAACACAGACCAGUGGCGCCGGCCUUCUAGAGACCCCAACGGCAAAGAGGGCGGGCUUUUUCCCAGCUGGGUCAUGUGAUGAUGUGGGUCUGUUGUUACCUUGGCAACCACCAGCUCAACUUAGCUAGCUUUGUCCCUAGGUGUCUUCACACACGCACUUGCUGACACAACUUCACUCUCUCUCUCACACACACACACACACACACGUCUCACGCGCUGGCCGACCAAUCACAUGCAUUCCAUUGGCUGAAAAUAUGACGGACAGGCAGCUUGACGGAUCGAGAAAAAGCAGGAAGCAUUUUCUUACUCGUAGAAAGCAGGCCAGCUUCCUGAAUGCUGUAGUGCUCCACUAUGAAAUAUUCAUGUGAUUUAAUAUUUUAAUGUGAUAUGCUCAAGUGUGUGACGAAAAACCAUAAAAAAAUCAAAUAAAACCAGCACCA